AUGUUGCAGCUUUGUUCCUUCUGGAGGACGGUGCCAAAUAGAUUGCUUUCGUCUGCCCUCUAUCUCACCGGAGAUAAAGCACGCGAACAGUACGCGGUUCUCGUUCCGUACCUUGACUUCCGACACAAACUAGGCGACUGGGAUCGUUUGCGGCGCAAUGUUCGUCUUCGAAAGCAUCCUCUCGAUUGCGAAAAUCUCAAGCGACAGUGGGAGCUUUACCUCGAUAUUGAAAAGCGGAAAAGACAGAUUGAGCAGUGCCGCGUUGAGCUAAAACAGCAGAUACAGAAAGCGACGGAUGAGGCAGAAAAAAAACAACUUAAAGCACGUGCCAUCCUGGCGCGCGACGACCUGAAACUAAUCAAAGAGCAGAGCUACGCCAUAGAGGACGCGUUUAUUGCGAAUAACUUUCUCACCAUCCCAAAUGACCUGCACGAACGGACCCCGGAAGAAAAGCGCAGUAUUGUUCAUGAAAGAACCACGCCCGAUCAGGAUCGUGGCUCCACAGAAGCACUGCAGAAAGGAGCCAACGCUUUGGAAGAACAGCUCGAAAUGGAUGACGCCAUCUGCUUUUACAUGACUGGCGAUGCGGCACUGAUGGAUCUGCAACUACCGAUGCGUUGUUGCGAAACGUUUCAGAAGGACGAGUUUAUCUUAUUCAGCAACCCCGACUUUGUACGAAGCUUUCUCGUCGAGGCGGCCAUGGUAGACAAGGACUGCUUGUAUCAAAUUCAGGAGGACGGAGAACCGACCGACAAAGUAAAUCAGCUGCACCUUUGCGGAGGCGGCACGUUGCUUAGCUUUUUGGGGUACUUCACCAAACUGUCCGUCUUUCCAACGGCACUCCCUCUGCGCUUGGUGGCCAGAGGAAAACGUUAUCUGCCAAACCGUGUACAAGCGAACACGGUGCACGUAUUCGGUGCCAGCCGAACAUACGAUGAAGCGGAAGCAAUGUUCGACGAGAUGCUGCUAACUUACAGACGAUUCUACGAUCAACUUCCCGUGAGUUUCCGAAUAAUACAGGUACCGGCACCGGAGCUCGGACCGGCCGAGGCGAUGCGAGUUGAGGUCGAAUUGUUUGACAUGCAGAGCCAGCGCUACGUUACCGUGGCCAACUUGUGCUUUUACUCGGAUUUUCUCAGCAAACGUAUCGCGUUCAUCUACCAGGACGGCAAAGUCCAACGCUUUCCCCACAUUGUAGCCGGAGAAGCGAUGUGCUCAGUGGAACUGAUAAAAGUGCUCCUUGGCAAUGGCAUCCUUGUAAGCGAUCUACCAUUUCUCGGAUUCGACGACGAUUAA